UUUUUUUUUUUCUCUCACUUCUUUUCACGCAAAACGCACGUUUCUCCCUUACUCCCUCAGUCCUCUUUUUCUCUCACUACAAUACUCACACUCACACAUACGCACACGUUACACACCUUGUUUGGCCUCGAAAACGCCUCGUGUCAGUCUCUUUCUUCGGAACAAACCAUUUCUCUUUGGAAUGGCCAAAUGGGCGUAGACAGUAUAUCACUGCUUGUUCUUUGUCUAGAGUUCUCUGUGUGUGUGUUUAUAUGUGGGCGCGAGUGAAAAGGAAAUAUGCGCGAGUGUAAUUGCUUUAUUUUUGAAUGGUUUGGAGGAAAAUGGGCCUAGGUCUUGAAGCUAUCAAUGCUGGUUCUAUGGAUGUGAGCAAAUCAAAAUCGAAGGGAAGGAAAAACAUACACAACGAUGAUGAUGAAGAUAAUGCUGAGGCGACUGGUUGUUGGAUUAAGUUCAGAUUCUUUGGAAGCUGCAUAUCUUCUAGGGCUAAUGUUGAUAGCUCCGUUAGUGGCUCGAGCUCGCAAUAUGCUGAAAGUAAAUCUACAAAUGAUACGAGUAGAGACCAACCAGUUGCUCCAGUCAUAUCAUCUUCAACAACCAGCAACACAGAAAGCAUACCGUCUACUCCUAUUGUAGGCGAGGAAUUGAAAAUUGCUUCUCAGCUUCGAAGGUUCACCUAUAAUGAAUUGAAGAUUGCCACGAGGAACUUUAGGCCUGACAGUCUCCUUGGUGAGGGUGGCUUUGGUUGUGUUUUCAAAGGUUGGAUCAACGAGACUGGAUUUGCACCAGUUAAACCUGGCACGGGGCUCACGGUUGCCGUGAAAACUCUCAAUCAUGAUGGACUUCAGGGUCACAAAGAGUGGCUUGCUGAAGUAAAUUAUCUCGGUGACCUCAUCCAUCUACAUUUGGUUAAAUUAAUAGGCUAUUGCAUAGAGGAUGACCAAAGGCUCCUUGUCUAUGAGUUUAUGCCUCGGGGAAGCUUGGAGAAUCACUUGUUUAGAAGGUCCCUGCCUCUUCCUUGGUCCAUAAGAAUGAAAAUUGCAUUGGGUGCAGCAAAGGGCCUUGCGUUUCUUCAUGAAGAAGCUGAAAGACCAGUUAUAUAUAGAGAUUUUAAGACUUCGAACAUCCUACUAGAUGCAGAUUAUAAUGCAAAGCUUUCUGAUUUUGGUCUUGCCAAAGAUGGUCCAGAGGGAGAUAAGACGCAUGUAUCUACUCGUGUAAUGGGAACAUAUGGCUAUGCUGCCCCCGAGUAUGUGAUGACAGGACAUCUAACAGCAAAGAGUGACGUUUACAGCUUUGGGGUGGUUUUGCUUGAAAUGUUAACUGGGAGAAGAUCAAUGGACAAAAGCCGGCCAAAUGGGGAACAUAACUUGGUGGAAUGGGCAAGACCAUAUCUUGGAGAAAGGAGAAGGUUCUAUAGGCUCUUAGAUCCAAGUCUAGAGGGUCGUUUCUCAAUAAAAGGUGCGCAGAAGGCUGUGCAGUUGGCGGCUCUAUGCCUUAGCCGUGAUGCCAAAGCUCGACCUCUGAUGAGUGAAGUUGUUGAAGCCCUUGAACCGUUGCCUAAUUUGAAGGACAUGGCCUGUUCCUCGUCCUAUUUCCAGGCCAUGCACUCGGAACGUGCUGCUGCCAGAAUGCAAGUUGGUUCGCUGAAGAAUGGGCAGCCGACUAGGAGUCCUGCCUUGCCAUACCGUCGGCAAGCCUCACCAAAUCAACAUAUUCAGCCUCUCCGUUCACCAAAACCAGGCGAAACAUAACUAGAACGCAUUCGUAUCAUUCUUUAUAAAAUUCUUUUGUUGUGUGGCUGGUUCUCACAUUCAAGGUGAGAGAUCAGGUGCAGUUUUAGAGGAUUUCUGGGCCCUAUUUUGCUUGUUUGGUGAAUUCUGAGUUGGUAUUUCAGUAUACAGAAUGAUGGAGUUGGAUAUUUUGUGUAUAGUUGUUUGACUCCAAACCCCUUUUGGUUAUAACUUAUUAAAAAUUCCAUA